CGGGGGAGGCGGCGCGGCCCGGAUCGGGGCGGGGGGCUCGGCCGAGCUGCGGGCGGACCUUCGGAGCACUCGCCCUUUUCUGCGGAAACCAGACCGUUUUGCGUCCUGCCUUUGCCUCGGCCAGAGGCCCUGGCCGAGGAUCCGCGUUUAUAAAAACGUUUUGAUAGAAGCUUGCCUCUGAAAGACUGGAAAGGAAUAAAGUUUUUAGAACAUAAUGACGGCUUUGGAUGAUAAACUGCUUGGUGAGAAGCUGCAGUAUUAUUACAGCAGUAGUGAGGGUGAGGAUGAAGACAGUGAGAAAGAAGAUAAAGAAGGGGAGAGCACCGUUCCUGAAAGCGUUGGGGAAGUAGAGCUCAGCAGCGAUGGCAGUGCAGUCAACACAGGUCCCAAAGGAGUCAUUAAUGACUGGCGAAGAUUUAAACAACUGGAAACUGAACAGCGGCAGGAGCAGCGCAGAGAAAUGGAACGACUCAUAAAAAAGUUGUCUAUGACAUGUCGAUCUCACUUAGAUGAGGAAACUGAUAAACAGAAGCAGAAAGAGCUUCAGGAAAAAAUCAAUGGAAAGAUGACGUUACAAGAAUAUAACAUGAUUCACAAUGAUGAAGAUGAUGAGGAAUUUUUGCAGCGAUACAGGAAGCAGCGAAUGGAGGAGAUGAGACAGCAAUUGUACAGUGGGCAGCAAUUUAAACAGGUUUUUGAGAUUACCAGUGGAGAAGCGUUUUUGGACACAGUUGAUAAAGAGCAUAAGAGCACGCUGAUCAUGAUCCAUAUUUAUGAAGAUGACAUCCCUGGCACUGAAUCCCUGAACGGCUGUAUGAUCUGCCUGGCUGCUGAGUACCCAACAGUUAAAUUUUGCAGAGUGAAGAGUUCGCUCAUUGGCGCCAGCACCCGCUUUACUAAUAACGCUCUGCCAGCUUUGCUGGUCUAUAAGGCAGGUGAGCUCAUCGGCAAUUUUGUGCGAAUCACUGACCAGCUUGGAGAAGAUUUUUUUGCUGUAGACCUGGAGGCUUUUUUGCAGGAAUGUGGUUUGCUUCCAGAAAAAGACCUAGUGCUCCUGACUUCUAUACGUAAUCCAUCUGCAUGUUACAGUGAAGACAGUGAUCUGGAAAUAGACUGAAGCACGUAGAGCAAGGGACAGCAGGUGUAGUUGUACUGUGGGAUGUUCUUGUGCUAGGGAUUGUUCUCUUUCUGCUGUAGUGUGGGUAUGUAUUCUUCCCCUUCAUGCACUUUGACUUUUGCUUGUUAAAAAUUUGUUAAAAAUAACAUAAGGAAUUCAUAGCAGUUUCUUACAUUAAUUCAAUAAAGUACACACUAAAACA